UAACCCUCACAUUUAAUUUAAGAUUGAGAUCAUGAGUACUCUCAAGAACAAUAACCUCAUUGUUCUCACUUUAUUCAAUUAUCUUAUUUCGUCGUCGUUUCUCUUCGUUGCGAAUGCUAACCAGCGUGAAGUAGAGGAUCAAACUUCAUUUUCCUAUGUUGUGGGAGCUUACAAUGGACCAGAAAAUUGGGGCAACCUUAAUUUUCCAAAUUGGACACUAUGUGGAACUGGAACAAAUCAAUCUCCAAUUAAUAUUCUUGAUAAUACUGUGGUUGUUUGGCCUUCACUUUGGGAUUUAAAUACAAAUUAUAAGCCAGCUCUAGCUGUAAUUAAAAACAGGGGCCAUGAUAUUGAGGUGGAAUGGAGAGGAGAUGCUGGAGGAGUUAUAAUAAACGGGACCGAGUAUAAACUCGAGAAGUGCCACUGGCAUAUUCCUUCCGAACAUACGAUAAACGGAGUUAGAUUUGAUAUGGAGCUGCAUGCUGUUCAUAUGAGUUCCGAGGGAGAUAUAGCUGUUGUCGGCAUCCUGUACGAGUUGGGACCGCCCGAUUCUUUCCUUGCACGUAUUUUACCGUACCUCCAAGCUGCUACUCGUGAAGGAACCAAUAUCGGAAUUCUCGAGCCACCGGAAGUUGCGUUCGGAGGUAGAGAGUAUUACAGAUACAACGGUUCUCUUACAACUCCUCCAUGCUCAGAAAAUAUUACCUGGACAGUGUUUAAGACUGUGAGGACAGUCUCUUUACAGCAAAUAACCGCACUAAGUGAUGCUGUUGAUGAUGGAAAUACUGGAAAUGCAAGGCCAAUUCAGGAAUUACACGGAAGACCUGUCUAUUUGUUUGAACCUGGGAUUGUUUUGUAAAUUUGGGUAAUAGUAGUUAAUGAUUAAUCAAAUAAAUAAAACAACGAAUAAUUAAUUAAUUAAAUUAAAUUAAAUUAAUCAUAAUAUUACUUCCUGAAAAACUUAUGUAUGUCGUGGUCGAGGUUUAUUUGCAAUAAACACGAAUAUUAUUAUACGAGAGUGUAUGUUUACCCAGUGCACU